AUGUUCCUUAGAAACGCGUACAGGAAGUCCCAUGCUAGUACCAAGAGGUUCUUUGCCUCUGUAGCUGUAGACUAUGAUUUCUCAGAGACCCCCAAUCUAGAUGAGAUCCAUCUCAAGAGUCCAAAGAAGAAGACCAAGAUUAAUCUCUGAACAGCCAUUAGAGAUGCAAUGGAUACAGCAAUGGAAACUGAUGAUUCUUCUAUCCAUUUUGGAGAGGAUGUCAAGUUUGGAGGAGUAUUCAGAUGUAGUGUUGGCCUCCUUGAAAAAUAUGGCAAUGAUAGAGUAUUCAACACUCCUCUUUGUGAACAGGGAAUCGCUGGAUUUGCUAUUGGAACAGCAUGUUCAGGAGCAACCACAAUCGCAGAAAUGCAAUUCGCAGAUUAUAUUUUCCCUGCCUUCGAUCAAAUCGUCAAUGAGGCAGCAAAAUAUAGAUAUAGAUCAGGUGAUGAAUUUAAUUGUGGAAGUCUAACAAUCAGAACUCCGUGCUCUGCUGUUGGUCAUGGAGCUCAUUACCACAGUCAAAGUCCAGAAGCUUACUUUGCUCACACUCCAGGCCUCGUCCUCGUCAUGCCCAGAAGCCCCAUCCAAGCCAAAGGACUUCUGCUCUCCUCAAUCAGGUCCAAAGACCCUGUCAUAUUCUUCGAACCCAAAGCUUUGUACAGAAUUGCUGAAGAAGAAGUUCCAGAUGAAGACUACGAAAUCCCUCUAGGCCAAGCCGAAGUCCUCACUGAAGGCUCUGAUGUGACCCUUGUUGGGUACGGAAUCCAAAUGAGGAAACUCAUUCUGGCAGCCGAAAUGGCCAAGAAAGACGGCAUUUCGUGAGAAGUCAUCGACCUCAGGACCAUUCUCCCAUGGGAUGCUGACACUGUCGAGCAAUCUGUCAAGAAAACAGGCAGACUCAUUGUGUCACACGAAGCUCCAAUCACAAACGGAUUCGCAAGCGAAGUAUCAUCAAAGAUACAGGAGAGAUGUUUCUUGCACUUAGAAGCACCAAUCAAGAGAGUGUGCGGAUACGACACACCAUUCCCACUGGUAUACGAGCCAAUAUAUUUACCAGAUCAGUACAAAGUAUAUGAGGCAAUCAAGCAAACUGUGAACUUUUAA